UAGCUUCUUUAAGAAGUGCUUAAAAAUAUAGUUAAAUAUGUCCAAGUAAAAGCCUAGGGCCCUUCUCACUCCAAUGUGUUAGGCUGUUUGAUGUGCAAUGCAGAUCUGUUUCCAAAGUGCUACACCUUGACUAUUUUCCUCUUUUCUCCAGCUUUAAGGUCUUUGUCGCUGUUUUACGAGGAGCGCCUGAAGGCAGCACAGGGAGGCGUUUCCAUUGUAGCAGCCCCUGCGUCGCCUGCCUGUUCAGCCUGAUUUCUCCACCUCUCCCCCCCUCGAUCUCCCCUCUUCCUCUUAUUUCUCACCGCAUCUCCUCCACCACCUGCCACAGCAGCGACGCAGCGAUGGAGAGCCGCUGCAAAUGAUCCUAAGCUCAAGAAAGACUGCAAUUGAGAGAAGGGAAAAGAAAGGCAAAGGUAGGGGAAGACGGAUGAAGAGGGAGACACGGAAAGUGGGAGAUAAAAUCGUUUGUGCAGGGUGGAUGCGGUUGUUGUACCUCCCUCUAUGCGCACACACAUACACGCACGCUGAUCAUCACAAGACGCGGUGCAGCCUACAACAGCUUCUUGCAAGGAGGAAAUUGAAUUAGACAAGUUAUUCCCACAGAAGAAGAAAGUGGUUGGCUCUCUGCGUUGCCUUCAUAUCCCCGGCUCACCGACAAUCCCCCCGGGCCCGAAAGGAGUCUCACUACCCCCUCUCUUCUCCCACCUCCACCCCGGUAACAAGCAAUGUCUGGACAGACUGUGACCAUACCGGAUGACCGGGCGUUUGCCAGCUUCAAGGCGGAGUGUCUGUGCGAGGAAGGCUGGAGUAUCAACCACAACAAGGGGGGCAUCACGGUGUUCACCCAAGGUCUGGAGGAAGGGAAGUCCAUUCACAAAAUUAAGUGUCGGAUGGUGUGUAAGGAUGUGUCUGCUGAGACCAUGUACGACGUUCUCCAUGAUAUUGAAUACAGGAGAAAAUGGGACACAAACGUCAUUGAGACGUUCGACAUCGGGAAGCUUACGGUCAAUGCGGAUGUUGGUUACUACUCAUGGAAUUGUCCGAGUCCUCUUCGGAACCGGGAUGUCAUCACGCUUCGUUCCUGGCUACCAAUGGGGAAAGAUUACAUCAUCAUGAACUACUCUGUCAAACAUCCCAAAUACCCUCCUAAAAAGGACAAAGUGCGAGCUGUGUCCAUUCAGACUGGUUACAUGGUCCAGAGCCAGGGACCAGCCAACAGCUGUACCCUCACUUACAUGGCUCAGGUAGAUCCAAGGGGUUCGUUACCCAAGUGGGUUGUCAACAAGUCCUCCCACUUCCUUGCUCCUCGGGCAAUGAAGAAGAUCCACAAAGCCUGUUUGAAGUAUUCUGAUUGGAAGAAGAGACACAACCCUGGCUUCAAGCCCUGGCUCUACCCCGAACAGACUACAUUACCCAGCAUCCCUCUGUCUGAGCUCAGCAUCCAGCGUGCUGAGAGCCUGGAGAAUAUUGAUGAGAGCUCCCUGGCCGAGACCCAGGAGAGAGAAGACAGCGACUAACACAUACUCGCACACACACAGUCAUGGAUUCAAACACACUCAAACAGUACUGCAGGUUUACAUGCAUGCCAGAUACACAUCCAUGAUUCAACUGAUGUAUAUGUGAUUUUAUAGUGUGCAUGCACAUGCAAUUGCAUAUGCAGGCAUACUUACUGGCACGUGUACUUAAGCAUGCAUGCACACAGACAUACUACUUCCCAUCUCAUACUUACAUACAUAAUGUAUCAACACAUACAUGCAAAAUAGAUGCAUUCACAGAUACACACCCACCACUCAGAAGCAGCAUCAAAAACUACCCAAUUAUAAAGUCACUAAACUCAGAUUCAUUGUAAUCAGUAAAGUGGCUGUGUUUUUUCAUGCUCCUUGAGGGGAUAUCAUAUUUUUCUGAUUAGGACCUAUACAGAUAAUCAUAGCAAAAAUAUAUUUUCGGUAAGAUUUACUGUUGAAAAGUUUACAGACUGAACCUAAAAUCUAGCUCUCAUUCAAAAUAUGAACAAUGGAUUUCAAAGUUAUACUACUCUGUCUGUGAGUUAUGGGUUACAAUCUAUUUAAUGGUAAAGCAUCUCAGCGCAACCCCUUGUCUUGUAUACAUACCUGUGUACACAUAUGGUCACAUGCCAUUCAUUGAUACUUAUUUUAUGCACCCAGCUGUGUAUACACACACACACACACACACACACACACACACACACACACACACACUCUACCCAUGUUGUCUCUGUCUCAUUAUGUGUCUCCAUCACAUUUUGUAAGCACAUACCAAAUAUGCAGGUGUGCAGAAGGCAGCUGGAACCCACAACAUACACACACAAACACAAAGUCAGAUGUUACUCACAUACUGUGUCCACUCCUCUAAUCGAGAGAUGUAUGAAUUUAUUGAGAGUUUAAAAAAAUAAAUAGAGAUUCCUACAAAGGUUUUGAAGAUUCAA